AUGUUGACUGCAUUGUUUGCCGACCUGUUGGCUCCGUAUGUGAACUGUAGUGGAUCCAGGAGGGGGGAUGAUGGACUUGAGGUGGGACAGCACAGGGUGUUCAACAUUUUUCAUCUCUACAGACGUCAGAGCAACAAGUCUAUAGUCAUUUAUGCCUGUGAUCCUUGGCUUUUUGGGGACAGGGAUAAUGGUGGAGGCUUUGAGGCAGGCUGGCAACCUGCAGUCCUCCAGGGAGAACAUCUGGACGUCAGCUCUGAAGAGAAAGACGUCAAUUUACGGCCCGUCAUCUCUUUGCGAAGACCGCACCGCUGUCACACGGCGACACGGCGGCACCGCGUCCUCCGCACAAAGUGGCGCGUCUUCAAGUCUGCCCCCGGCCAACUCGCAGAGGAGGAGAGGACGCGUCAAGUUGGCGAUCGGGCGAGCGGCUCCGCGUAUCACUUGCUCGCCGGCCUCUCGGCUCCCACUAACAUGCCUGCCAUCAAAAAGGAGAGGCUGGACGGGGACGACAUGGCACUGGCUGCGUUCAACCAGUCCGAAUACCUGGCCCCUUUAAAUGCCACCGCUAUCCCCGUUGUGACCCCGCAUCCGCCGCCCUACGACCACAUUUUCGCCCAUCACCGCGCGUACUUGGGGCUCCACGACUCGGCGCUGCACCACCAGCACCUCCACCACCACACGGACGACUUGAUGCUGGAGAGGUUCUCGUCUAUCCCCGACUUCCAACCCUUCUUUGACAACGGGGAGCCCUGCAUCGAGGUGGAGUGCGGGGAGAACAAGGCUUUGCUUUACAUCAACAAGCUGUGUCAAGGUAGUAAGGGACCCUCAAUUAAAUACCGCGGCGAGUGGCUCACUCCGAACGAGUUCCAGUUCGUCAGUGGACGGGAGACUGCCAAAGACUGGAAACGGAGUAUUAGACACAAAGGAAAAAGUCUGAAGACUCUUAUGUCCAAAGGAAUCUUACAGGUACAUCCUCCGAUCUGUGAUUGUCCUGGGUGUCGAAUUUCAUCCCCAGUGAACCGUGGGCGCUUGGCAGAGAAACGUACCAUCCCCCUGCCCCCCAACCGCGUGCCCAAGAAGGAGCUGGCCUCCAUUUUCAGCAGUGACGACAGUGAAGGCAGCGAGCGGGCCAGUGGGGACCAUGCCCACAUCAAGCAGGAGGACGAACUGCAUUACAGUAUCAUGAGAAAGAGGGAGCUGACCCAUCCUCCACCACUGCUGUCGCCCCAGAGUGCUCCUCACAUCGCCUUGGGACCCCACCUACGGCCCCCAUUCCUUGGCAUGCCCUCCGCUCUGUGCCAGGCACCUGGAUAUGGAUUCCUCCAACCAGCUCAGGCAGAGAUCUUUGCUCGGCAACAGGAAAUGCUUAGGAAGCAGAACCUGGCGAGACUUGAGAUGUCGGCCGACCUGCUGAGACAGAAGGAGCUGGAGAACCUCCACCACCGGCAGCAGCAGCAGCGUCUGCUGGGUUCUGACCCACUGGGAGGUCUCCCCCCUGGUCUUCCCCCAGACCACCCAGCCCUGCGCAGCCUCCAUGACAUCCCAGAGGGUCACCCCCUCCGGGAGGAGUUAGCCCGCCGCUCCAACGCCAUGCUGGUGCUUCGCCAUGGGGCUGCCACACCCCUCCUCACUCUCAACCACCAGCAGCAACAGCCGGGGGCCUCCUCCACGCUCAAAGACGGCCAGGCUCACAGCUCCACUGCUGGGCCGGAUGCCGAAUCCAGGAAGGGAUCCCGCAGGGGCCCUCAGGUGCAGCUCCGUGCUGGGGACCACACAGGUGGCGGGAGGGAGGAGAGAGGAAGGGAGGUAGACAGGGAGGGGCAGGAUGAGGAGAUGAAGGACUCGGACAGCGAAGCGGAGAUGAAUGAAGUGAGACAGGGCAGUGCAGCUGCCAAGCCCAGCAGUCGGCCCAGAGACAGGGAGAGAGAGGCCGGUAAAGAGACUGGCAGCAAGGGGGUCUGUGACAGUGCCAAGGAGGCUGGAGAGAGCUCGGGCAGGUUGAGCGCGCCCUGUAGUUCUGCGGGGGCAGAGUCACCCAGUCGCCAACUCUUCACACCGGGGCUUAACAAAGGCGAGGCCAAGUACCACCUGCCGCCGGGCUUCAUACCACCCCUGCCUACUCUCCAUGCCCAGUCGUUACCCUUUGGAUUCCCCUACGCCAAUCCCUACUUUCACACGGGCUCCAUGGGAGGUCUUUUCAUGGACGGGGAGGACUCCGGCACGGCAAACUCUGUGGAGGACAUCAGCAGGUGGAGUGUAGAGGACGUGUGUGGCUUCAUAAGCAGCCUGGCCGGAUGUGCUGAAUACACCCAGGUAUUCCGGGAGCAUGCCAUUGACGGGGAGACUUUACCGCUGCUCACUGAAGAGCACCUGCUCAACACCAUGGGGUUAAAACUGGGGCCUGCUCUCAAGAUCCGCUCACAGGUGGCGCGGCGUGUUGGCAGAAUCUUCUACAUGACCAGCUUCCCGCUGGCACUGCCGUUGCCGCCAUCUGCCACUCUGCGCCCCCCAGAAAGAGACCGGGACCCCCUGGCCACGCCGUCCGACACCCCCCUUCCUCUCUCUCUUGCUCAUCCCCACCGUCCUGCCUCCACCAGCAGCAGCUCCUCCCCUUACAGUGGUCCCACGUUGGGGCGCUCCUCCCCCAAGCAGGAGAACGGCACCGGAGCCACGGGAGCAGCAGGAUAUGAAACCAAAACUGCUUCGUAGUAGAGACCAGCCUCAACUG